CCGAUUAAGCUUAUGCUGCGGUUCUUGUUCGCUAAUCCGAUGUCGAAACUCGAACCGAUAUAUCAGCAGCUGUGUUCUCCCCUAGCUUCCGAGCUUCUCUCGAUCCAUCCGAACGACCUGGCAGCUUCUGGCUUUCAAUUUCCUGAAAGUUGGAAGGGUUGGUGGAACUGGGCCACAUCAAUAUGUGAUGAACAAACACCGUACUUCCCAAGGUGGAUGUCGAUUCUCAAUUACUAUUCUGCGAUGUCCGAUGACCAGCGGACGAGGAACCAAGCUCCAAGUAAUAAAUCUUCAAUCUCGCCAGAUUUGAAAGUGCUCAUGGAUGACAUUUUCCGCGUCCAGCUGAGUAGAGAUCAUGUUGCCAUCGGGGACACCUCCGAGUCGGGGGAUGCUCACAGAUCGUACGGCAUGUCACCAAAGAAAGUGCAUGAGGUCUCCAGGAUGUCGCAAUAUAUCGAACGACUUUUAUGCUCAAGUUCUGCAGAUAUACUACAUCAUGUUGUCGAUUCACAGGAAUGCUUUGUCCAAUAAUCAAUGGUUUUCUUUUCAGGGUUAUUUGUCUCGUGCACUCCAGAAUUUAGGUUUACAUGUUCUGGCCCUCGAUUCCAAUGAAAUCCAGACCUCUGGGGCUGAACGCUGGAAAGCAAAAGAAGCGGCGAGAAGGCAGAAGCAGCUCAAAAGGGGAAAGGGCGUCCAGGCCUUGCCCCACUCACACCAUCACUACAACGAUCCCCUUUUCCAAUCAAACGUGGCAACCUCUGUGCCUUCAGCUUCCACGGCCAGCAAAAUCAUAAUGCACAGCCAUACAGGUUCUCUUACCCACCAGACCAUCUGCAUCGACCCCCAUACACUUGAAUCAUCAAUUCAUGAUUGGCUUUCCUCCGGCGAAGACGACCAAAUCGCUGGUUGUAUCAAUAUGAUCGGAGAUUUACCUGUCGAUGGGACUGAGCGACGCACAGCUGAAGAGAAGCUGAUCCCUGUGAUGAUGGUUGCCCUUCACGCCUGUGGAUCCCUCACGCCUGAUGUUCUUCGUACAUUCUUGUCUAAUUACCGUAGACCCUCAGCCCCCGGUGUUCGCAUUUGGACCGCGCAGGCACUUAUCGUAGUAGGAUGUUGUUACAACUUGAUGGCGCCUGAGGAUUUUCCGUUGUCACGGUCGCUGCGUGAGCGAACCCCAGUAGCAACACUUCCCCUUGCCUCUCGCCACCUGGCUACGCAAAUACCAUCUCAAUGGUUCCGCAAUGAAACAUCAACCCGGGAAACAUCCCUGGCAAUACGCAAGGUCGUUUUUCGAGCCCUCCUUCAGCCUGUCCUUGAAAUAAUUGGUGCACGAGAAGCCUCCGCGAUUCAUACUGUAACCUCUCCCUCAUGUAAUGUCGAAGAACUACGCGGCGCAGGUCAGACACCGGAAAAUAGGCGGUUGGGGAAGCUCCCUGAUGCUGCAUACAAGGACUGGGACACAUUCCUGGAUCGUGCAACUUCGAAGACUGGUGUCCGACUCGAUCAAAUCGCAGCACAGCUUCCCGUUUAUAUUCAUGACAAGCAUAGACGACUGCAGUUGGAAAGUGCUUUGUCAGUACUGCACGUGUUAAGGUGCAUCAUGGGACCUCUGAUAGAAUCCCUCAUCCUCCUUGAUAGGCAUGAAUGGAUUAGGGAAGAGUUGAGUCAAAGUAGUGAAACACAGGAUUCAAGCGCAAUGGACGUUCGACUGGUAAACCUGUUUGACCAGGCAACAGGAAGUGGAAGGAACGUAGCUAUUGUUAUCAAGCCUUGUGAAUGGCCUAAUAUGAUUUAAUACUGCUCAAGCCAGUCAGAGAACACCUUCACACUUU